GGACCCAAAGGAGCACGCAGCCACCGAGCGGGGCCGGGAGCCGAGAACGGCCGCCGGUCGGAGCAUCCUCAGCGGGGCCGGGCCUGAGCAGCAUCCUCCGGGCCGGGCAUCCGGCUGCGGGAGCUCAGGGGAUGCGGAGACGGCGGCGGCGAGGGGGGUUGGCGCUGGUGCUGGCCGCUCUCUUCGUUUUCGGUACGGUGCUGGCGCUGCGCAUUCUCCGAGCUGCCGAUGCUCUCCCUGCUGGAGCUCCGGGGUUGGCAGAGCCGCCCGCUCCGCCCGGACCCCGCGAACCGGCAACGGGGAGCGACCCAUCCUACGACCUGCACGCCUUCUACUACGCCUGGUACGGCAGUCCGCGCUUCGAGGGCCGCUACCUGCAUUGGGAUCACGCCCUGGUGCCGCAUUGGGACCCCAAGGUAUCGGCCAGUUACCCCCGGGGUCGCCACCGCCCGCCCGACGACAUCGGCUCCAGCUUCUACCCUGCGCUCGGACCCUACAGCUCCCGGGAUCCCGACGUGGUGGACGAGCACAUGGGUCAGCUCCGAGCUGCUGCCAUCGGAGUGCUGGUUUUAUCCUGGUACCCACCCGGCCUCGCAGAUGACAAUGGGGAACCAUCAGACAACCUGGUGCCGUUCAUACUGGAUGCUGCACAACGGUAUGCCAUCAAGGUCGCCUUCCACAUCCAGCCGUACAAAGGGCGCGAUGACCACACAGUGCACGAGAAUAUCAAGUACAUCAUGGACAAAUACGGAUCACACGCUGCUUUUUAUAAGUACAAGACCAGCACCGGCAGGAGCCUCCCGCUGUUUUAUAUCUAUGAUUCCUACCUGACACCAGCUGAAUCCUGGGCCAACCUCCUCACACCAUCAGGUUCCCAUUCUCUCCGCAAUACAGCCUAUGAUGCUGUGUUCAUAGCACUGCUAGUGGAAGAAGGGCACAAGAAGGAGAUCCUGUCUGCAGGAUAUGAUGGCAUGUACACGUACUUUGCAUCCAAUGGUUUCUCUUUUGGCUCAUCCCACCAGAACUGGAAAGCCAUCAAAACCUUCUGCGACUCCAACAACCUGAUGUUCAUCCCCAGUGUUGGGCCAGGCUACAUUGACACCAGCAUUCGCCCUUGGAACAACCACAACACUCGGAACAGAGUCAAUGGGAAGUACUAUGAAACAGCCCUGCAGGCUGCUCUCAUGGUCAGGCCAGAGAUUGUUUCCAUCACAUCCUUCAAUGAAUGGCACGAAGGCACCCAGAUUGAGAAAGCUAUUCCCAAGAAGACUCUGACACGCCUCUAUCUGGACUACCUUCCCCAUCAGCCCAACAUGUACCUGGAGCUGACCCGCAGGUGGGCAGAACACUUUAGCAAAGAGAAGGAGCAGUGGUUGAUGUGACUUCAGCAUCUGCCUUACUCAGAGCCAUCCCACAGACAGAGCUGCAGCACUUCAGAAACAAGAACAGCUGCAAAACCUUCAACCCAGGCAGGUUGCUGAGCCUGCAAGCACUGCAAGGACUGCAGGAGUCCCAGCUCUGAACUCACAGGAGGAAAUAUUACAAGGAGCAGAAAUUCUCUAAGCAGCAGCUAAGUCUUAACUUCCUGCAGAUGUAGCAGAAAUGACCUUUUCAGAGCUCUUCUACAAUGCAUGGGGGUGCUGGUUCCAGGCCCAAAGAUCCAUUUUUUCUUAUGGUGUGUAUGUUCUGUGAUGUUUGACAUAGUUAGCUGGGUUCCAGCAUGCAUUUUACCUUAAGCCUUUGGUCUGCUGCCACCACAGAUCCCUCACUCCACUAACAACUUCAAAAACCAUUUCCUUACCAGUUGGCUGCAAAAAAGAAAUACAAGUUCCUCUAAAUUGUUUACUGUAGAUGAAACUAAACCAUGUGGUUAUAUACCCUCUAGUUUAUCCAAGCUCUUCUAUACCAAAAAGUUCUGUGCUAGGUGUCGUUACUAUGGCUCGCUGUAUCCAAAUAACUAAAGAUAAUUACAGCAGAAACGCUAGUGACUAUUUACCCCUAUUACUCUAUAUGCUGGAAACCAAGGAAAUACAACCAUGUCUACACUAAAAGCUCCUCAGUGGUUGUUUACUGCUCCAAGUUUUGAAAAUUCAGACCUGAAGUUGCUUUAUUUCCUUUAGAAUGAAGGGAAAAAUGCAAUAAAACUGCUGCUGAAAACACCA